CUGCCUGAAGUUUUUCCAGCAAACAACUGCCUAAAAUUUUUCCAGCAAAGCUGUCAAAUUCGUGAAUAUUGUGAUAUUUUUUGUUUAUCAACGUCAUUCCAGCUGGUAUCGUUGCGCAUCGAAGAGGGAAAUAUUUCGGCUCUCUAUCGUGAUGCAACAAAAAGGAUCGAAAUCUUGGAGAGACAGUCGCAAGAGCGUAUGCCUGUGAUGCCCGAGGUCAAGGUGCAAGAGCGUAUGGCUGUGAUGCCUGAGAUCAAGGUGCAGAAGGCCGUGGCGAUAAAUGGCAGAACAUCCAGCGAAGAAAUCGACGACGUGACGAACGCAUCAACGCCAUCAACGACGCGGCGUAAUUCUGACGCGGAGGACAGGUUCGGCGAUGACAACACCUAUGACGACGACGACGAGGUCAGGGUAGAGAUUAUGGUCACGAAUACAUUCUCCUGUCCGUUAUAUUUAGAGAGAAAACGGGCUCAAAAUCAAGAUGGACAUAAGUGA